AAGUGCAGCACUGUCUUCGAAACCAAGAGCAACAUGAACUCAGCCUCCACCUGUGAGUGUCUGCAUGUGUCAGCUUUCUAGAUGUCUGGAUGUUCUACCUCCCAAGAGCCAUGAGGUUCCUGCUGCUGGUUCUUCCUGUCCUUGCUCUUCUACCCCAAGUGACACCAGACUACGGUGCUAAGAAAAGAUGCUUGAAAAUUUUGGGGCACUGCAGGAGACACUGCAAAGAUGGAGAAAUGGACCAUGGAUCAUGCAAAUAUUACCGAGUCUGCUGCGUUCCAGACCUCAACAGCUACAAUCAAAAUUAUGCUAUCACUUGGACCACGGAGGAAACCUCUACAUCAGAGUAUGAUCUGUCCUCAGAUUUCAUAGGUGUACUUAGGGCAAUAUAGUUGAAGGAGUGUUAAAUAAAUAAAUAAGUAACCUGA